AUGGCGGACGCCGACUCCCUGCAUGACAUGAGCUCUGACUUAGAUGUUGAUCAGAGUGCCGUCGACGCUGACGUUGAAGAUGACGAAGUAUCAGGUCAAAGUGCUGAAGCUGCUGCUCGUAAAAAGAGCAAGAAGAAGAAACGGAAGCAAAAAGAUAUUGAGAGAUCAAGUGGAGAUUCUGAUAGUCAAGUACUGACCGAUGAGAAAGAGCAUAGACUUCCCAGGGUGGAGGGGAAAAGCGAUCAAUCCCAGUCAGGUAUUGAGGCAGAUUCAGAGGGGACAGAAUCAAAAAACCAAGUCCCCCUUGAUCAAGACGACAAAGCUGUAAGCAAAGAUGGUCAGCCUGAGGACUCUAAGCACCAAUCUAUAGUUGCUGGUCUGCAAAAGAUUCAGUGGGCGAUGGAGUUACUAUCCAUGCCACAAGGUGCACCCAAAAGUUUGGAGGAAGCAAACAAAAAGCGGUACCAGUUUUGGGAGACACAGCCCGUCCCUAAGCUCUCUGAGAAAAUAGAGGAAAAUGUCAAUGAAUGCAUUGAAACUGACAAACUCCCAGAAGAUAUACGUCAAGAAUCGUAUUCACUACCUGAAGGUUUUCGUUGGGACACAUUGGAUAUCAACAAACCAGAUAUUCUUAGAGAAUUGUAUGUACUUUUGAGUGAGAAUUAUGUGGAAGAUGAUGACAAUAUGUUUAGGUUUGAUUAUUCUCCUGAAUUUCUUCAAUGGGCACUCCAACCUCCAGGUUGGGUAAAAGAUUGGCACUGUGGUGUCAGAGUAGUAAAAAAUGGUAAACUGGUAGGAUUUAUUAGUGCUGUACCAGCUCAUAUCAAAGUAUAUAAUAAAUUUAAAUAUAUGGUAGAAAUCAAUUUCCUCUGUGUACAUAAAAAGCUUAGGUCCAAAAGAGUUGCCCCAGUCUUAAUUCGAGAGAUAACAAGGAGAGUACAUCAACGUGGCUUAUUCCAGGCUGUCUACACUGCUGGGGUUGUCUUGCCCAAACCUAUUGCUUGCAGCAGGUAUUGGCAUCGUUCAUUGAAUCCUCGGAAACUUAUUGAAGUUAGGUUUUCUCAUCUUGGGCGUAAUAUGACUAUGCAGAGAACUUUGAAAUUCUACAAACUUCCUGAUAUAACAAAAACUCCAGGAUUCCGGCCGUUAAAAGCAGAUGAUGUCCAACAUGCAUAUCAGCUGGUUCUUCAGUAUCUACAUAAAUUUGACCUCUCACCUAUCUUUAAUGAAGAGGAAUUUAGGCACUGGUUCCUGCCGCGACCAGGAAUUGUUGAUAGUUAUGUGGUUGAGAACAAUGGUAAAAUCACUGACUUUGUCAGCUUCUAUACUUUGCCCUCCUCUGUUAUGCAUCAUCCGGUCCACAAGACAUUGAAGGCAGCUUAUUCCUUUUAUAAUGUCAGUACAGAGACUCCAUGGCUUGAUCUGAUGCAAGAUGCACUUGUAGUGGCUAAAAAUAUGGGUUUCGAUGUCUUUAAUGCACUUGAUCUUAUGCACAACCGUGAAUUUUUGGAAAAGUUGAAAUUUGGAAUUGGAGAUGGCAACCUACAAUAUUAUCUUUACAAUUGGAAAUGUACACCUAUGGAGGCCCACCAGGUUGGAUUAGUUCUACAAUUUCAUACACAGUUGCCUUUUUCUUCUUCCAUUUUUCUUUGUCUGCUUGUCAUAUCUCUCUUGGGAGUGGCUUCCUCCCUUUCAUUUUUUUCUCACUCAGCAGCAGCCAAGCUUUCUCCUCAUUACUUUGGUGACGAAAAGUACGUAACUGGACAGAACUUUCCUCUACAUGACCUUUGA